AUGGCCAAUCUCAGUCCAACCUCGGUCGCUGCCGUGGCCGCCUCGUCACAAGCUCAAGCUCAAGCUGCAUCGUCGCCGCCCCGCCAACCAGCUCCUGCUGCUGCUGCUGCCACUGCGCCAACGACCCCAGCCACAACUGCUCCUAGCACUGCUGGCGCCACUACUACUACUGCUGCUGCUGCGCCGGCCGCGUCCGUCACGCUGUCCGUGUCGAUCGCUGCGACGGCGGCUGCGGCGGCUGCGUUGCCGAGCCCGCUCGAGUCCCUGCUGCCGCCCGAGAUUGUCGCCCGCCCGGUGCCGCUGGUCGCGCUGGUCGGCGUGGAGGCAGUCGAAGGCCCCUUCCCGCGCGUGUCGCUGCAGGAAGCCAUCCACUCGGAGCGGCUGGUCGAGCAAAUCCCAGUCACCUACCGCCCAGUGUCCAAGGACGUCCUGCUCCUUCUGCCGCAGCGCAAGGAGCGCAGGGAUGUCGAGUCGUACUCGCCGCCGGGCAUUCUCAAGGGCAGCUGGAUCCACAAGCACCGCCAGGUUAUUCCGGCCGUCGCGGCUUACUUUGUCGAGCUCGAGUGGGACGAUCCGCAGUGGGCCGCCUGCGAGCAAGAAUGCGCCGCCGUCUUUGACAAGCUUCGACAAAGCACCGCUGGUCGAGCUACACGACACGUCCUCGUCCUCGUACAGCGAAAGCACGAUCGACCCAUGCCACCUCUGUUCGUGGACGAGCGCAGCAACAGCAUGCGUCGCGCUUGCCAGAUUCCGCUCGUGCUCUCCCUCUCGUUCGCCAAGCCUGACUUGCCCGCCAUCAAGCAAAACGUCGCCAAGCUCGAGAAGGCCCUGAUUGACAUGGCGUAUGCUUACUACCGCGACGAAGCCAAACGCCUCAAGCAGCGCAAGGAGCGGCUCAACAAGUCCUUGCAGCAAGGCAUGCUUGCGCGUCUCUUUUUCAAGCUGGCCUACUUUGCAGAAAUGCGCUCGGAUGGCAAGGCUGCAAUCAAGUACUAUGGCUCCUCGUAUGCCUACCUCAAGGAACUCGCAGAGCGAGACAAGAAUGGCAUGGCAGCAGCCAUGCGCGCUUCGAUUGUUGGCACAGACGCUUUGCCGGCAGGACGCGUCAGUCUGGAUCUCUCUGGCUCCACCAUCAGUACGGGCAGCGCUGGGGGAAGCAACAAUAACAGCACUAGCUUUAGUCAGCCGCCAGCGGCAGGACCAGCAGCACCCGGCAUUCCUCAUCCGCUGCAUCCGCUGGCCGGCUCGCCGCUCGCGCAGCGCUUGGACAAUCCCUCGCCGGCGACUCCGCCUGUUGGUUUCAACUCUAGCGUUGGAGCCGUCGUGCCAGGUCUGUCUACCGUGCCAAGUGUGACGGCUCAAGCUCAGCAGCACCAACCUAACGCGGCCCCUUUCAUGUACAAUGUAUCGGCUGGAUCAGCCGGUGGUCCCAUUCUGAUCAACACGGGUCUCGCUCCGCCAAGUGCGUCCAGCAACCUGGGUAUUGCACCGAUCGCUUCCCUAACGACCAACCCGGCUUUGUUGAAUCCAAACUUUGGCCGCUUCCCGUUGGCAGAGGUCAAGGCUGUGGCCGGCUUGAUCAACUACAAGUUGUGCAGGCUGCAUUUCAUGUUUAACUUUGCUGAUGCGCUGGACCAGUUCCGCAAGCAUGUUGCAAACUAUCGCGGCAUUGUCGGGCGUCCCGAACUCGCGUUUGAGCACAGUGCAUGGCUGGGUCGUCAGUACCGUGUGUUUGCCGAGCUGUUUGAGAACGCCUUGGCCUACAACUUGGUCCCGACAACCCAAUCGCAGCACCCUGGUUUCUACUACCGCCAGGCGGCAGUCCACGCCAUGGACGAGAAGGCACACGCCGCUGUGCAAUGCGCUUCGGUCAAGCCGCUCUUUGAUCAGCUUCGCGCAUCUGCCCCUGCUGCUUCCUCGACCGCCUCGUCCGCUGAUCCGCGAGGACGCGCUGGCUCCUUGGUGAAUGCCCUUCCUUCGCGAGAAGAGUUUUCCAUCGUCGAAUAUUAUGGCCACCUGCCCAAGGUGACGAACACGAGCACUUUGUGCAAGACCGAAGAGGACUCGACCGUUCUCAAGGCCAUUCUGGCCUCGAGCGACGAAGACCGCCGCAAGCUGGCCGAGCUGCUUGUGGAUCACUCUGGCCUCAUCAUCACCCUGCUGUCGAUGGCUCGUGAGCAUUUCAAAAAGAUGCGCUCGGCUCGCAUGACCCUCCAUAUGGCCGUGCACAUUGCCCAAGAGUACUGCCAAGCUGGAGAACACGAGCGUGCUCUCAAGUUGUUUGAGCGAAUCGCUGUAGAUUACCGCAAGGAGCGGUGGUGGCCAGUUCUCGAGUCGGUGCUCACAGCGUCCCUUGCGUGCGCCUAUCUCAUUGGCAGCGUGCAAGAUUUUGUCGUUCUCUCGCUCGAGCUGAUUGCCAGUCUGACAAAACAUGCGCCGCAGCGCUCGAUUCGUGCUCAGGAGAGUCUCAUGCGCGUGCUGUCCAACCAGGUGCCAUUCCCGCCAGAGCCUUCCGAGCUGGUGCUCAUGCCUCUCGCCCUGAACGACACGCCUCCGAGCCUGCCUGCUGCUGCGGGCUCUGUCCAACCUCCGUUCCGAGGCUCCUUGGCAUCGCCGCAAGCUCUCGCAGCUGCCGGAGAGAAGUGGACUGCGCUGCUCAACAAGCCAGAGCACGUUGACAUGGGUCUUGCAGGCGUGAUUCCAUUUAUCGAGUGCAAGGUGAUUUUUGCCGCGCCGACCAGCCCCAGCGACGCGCCCGUAGUCAUGCACCUGGCCGUCGUUUCUCGAUGCCCACUGGCUGUCGAAGGCUCUCGCCUCAAUCUCAAGUUCAAUGUUCCAGGCUACGCCGUCUCCAUUGUGAACGAGACAGAUCGCGCUCAAGCCAGUGCCGUUCGCGAUGCAGCUCGAACCAAGUCCCGCAGCGCCUCGAUUGCUAGUGAAGGCGCGCGUCGCCGGCACGAAACGCAAGUGUUUGAUCUUGCGGUGCCGUUCGUCGAUCAGGACACUUCCAUUCCCACCACCAUUGCUGCCGACUUGACCUUCAGUCCCGAUCAACCCAAGCUUUUCCGCUUGCAAUUCCUUCCCCUCGACAACUCCGACCGUACUCUUGAGUGCAUCGAGGCCAGCAUUGUGAUUGGCUCGGCCCAACGGAGUGUGACCCUGCGCUUCAACAUCCUCGAGCGCAUCCAGCGCGCUCUUCAGGCCGCACCAACGCACUGGACCACGGCCGAGUUGGAACGUACUCCCUGGCCCGAGCUUGUAGAGCGGCCAUCCACGAAAAUCGCAACGCGCGAGUCGCAGAUGGACAUAUCCAUCACGCAUACGCCUCCGGCGUUGGUCAACGAAUUCUACCCAGUCAAGCUUGUGUUUACCAGUCGCGAAAAGCUCCCAAUUUACAACGUGUCGGUCCAUCUUGAAUUUUUGCAACAUCGCGAUGCAACGCAAGGCUGGACAUCAGAUGGCUCCAUUUGCUUGACCCCAGAGCUUGCCAAAGGCGAGUCGUACCGCACUCGGACUAUUGCCCUGGAAAAGAUGGAGCCUGAGGCUAGUCAAGAACAGCUAGUGUACUUGUUCAGUCCGAAGGAUAUUGGCGAGCAAAUCCUGACUGUGAAGAUGAGCUACAGCGUGGACGCUGUUGCAGAUGGCAAGCGCAUGUUUGCAUGCACUUGCCAGAAGGAGCACUUGCUGCGAGUUCCGUUUGUGCUCCCUUUCACGCUGCUCGUCAAGCUCGCCACCGCCAAGUUUGAGCCGAUUGACGUCAAGCUUGACUCGGUGUCUCCCCGCGACGCACUCUUGCUCACGACCGAAACCCAGUCCGUGACACCUUGGCCCAUCUCGAUUGUCAAGACCGAGCUCAUUGUGGAUACAAAGGCGUUGCGUUUGGAGGGCGCGCUUCCUCGCAACGAGCCCACUUCCCUCAAUCAAGGCGACACAAUGUCCGAAUCCUUUGCCCUUCGAGUCGGCAAUCCCAGCGUUGCGUCUAUUUCUUUGGGCUACUACAAGAUUCAUUGGCUCCGACGUGAUCGGAAUCCAAUGCUUGCCGAUCAAGGCGGAGUGCAAUCAGACCCAUCACCUUCGGUCACUGCUAUUGCUCUGCCUCCGGUCAAUGUUGCCUACAAGGCCAUCUCGAUUGUUCCUCAAAUUCCCGCAAGCGGCCACCUUAACUCGCCUCUCGAGGUCUCAUAUGCUAUUGUCAAUCACACUCCCCUCACCCAAGAAAUUGAGCUGGUGAUGGAGUCGAAUGAGUCCUUCAUGUUCUCUGGCCUGAAGGCAACGCACUUCCGCGUUCUGCCGUCUGCAUCCACUUCGGUGACGUACAACUUGUACCCUUUGCAGCCUGGCCGGCUCCCAUUGCCUCAUCUUUCCGUCAAGUCUGUCCGUCAAGACGCCGAGUUGACCUUCCGAGCCAUGCCUGAGCAUGUGUUCAUCUUGCCUCCUCGUCCUACCAAUGCUCCAGCAGCGGAUUUGGCGCGAUGAGAUGCAUUUCAUGGAGAUGAAUGGAUUUGAAUAGAAUUGUUUAAAACUGUUGAUUCCUCUGGCA